AGGGAGCAGGGCCGGUGGGCGCCAGCGGCGCACAGCGGGACCCACGGAGCCCCGCGACCCGCCGAGCCUGGAGCCGGGCCGGGGCGGGGAAGCCGGCUCCAGCCCGGACCAAACUUCGCAGCCGGGCUCGGGGUGGCGGGGAACCCGUCCGGAGCCGGAGGAGGGGCCCGCCGCGGGCCCUCCCGCCGCUGCUCUCGCGCCUACGGGCACCAUGCUGUCCAACUCCGGUGCUGUUCCCCAGCCCGCCGCCGCCGCCGCCACCGCACCAUGCUGUCCAACGCCGGCGAUGUUCCCCAACCCGCCGCCGCCGCCGCCGCAGCCCCCCGCCCCGGCCCAACCUCACCCCCCGGCCCAGCCGCCGCCGCAGCCCCCGCAGCAGUUCCCCCAGUUCCACGUCAAGUCGAGCCUGCAGAUCAAGAAGAACGCCAUCAUCGACGACUACAAGGUCACCACCCAGGUCCUGGGACUGGGCAUCAACGGGAAAGUUUUGCAGAUCUUCAACAAGAGGACCCAGGAGAAAUUCGCCCUAAAAAUGCUGCAGGACUGCCCCAAGGCCCGCCGGGAGGUGGAGCUGCACUGGCGGGCUUCCCAGUGCCCACACAUUGUGCGGAUCGUGGACGUCUAUGAGAACCUGUACGCGGGGAGGAAGUGCCUGCUGAUUGUCAUGGAGUGUUUGGAUGGUGGAGAACUCUUCAGCCGAAUCCAGGACCGAGGAGACCAGGCAUUCACAGAAAGAGAGGCAUCAGAGAUCAUGAAGAGCAUCGGCGAGGCGAUCCAGUACUUACACUCAAUCAACAUUGCGCAUCGGGAUGUCAAGCCUGAGAAUCUCUUAUACACCUCCAAAAGGCCCAACGCCAUUCUCAAACUCACUGAUUUUGGCUUUGCCAAGGAAACCACCAGCCACAACUCUCUGACCACUCCUUGUUACACGCCAUACUAUGUGGCUCCAGAAGUGCUGGGCCCAGAGAAGUAUGACAAGUCCUGUGACAUGUGGUCCUUGGGUGUCAUCAUGUACAUCCUGCUGUGUGGGUAUCCCCCCUUCUAUUCCAACCAUGGCCUUGCCAUCUCUCCGGGCAUGAAGAGUCGCAUCCGAAUGGGCCAGUAUGAAUUCCCCAAUCCAGAAUGGUCAGAAGUAUCAGAGGAAGUGAAGAUGCUCAUCCGGAACCUGCUGAAGACAGAGCCCACCCAGAGGAUGACCAUUACCGAGUUCAUGAACCACCCCUGGAUCAUGCAAUCAACAAAGGUCCCUCAGACCCCACUGCACACCAGCCGGGUCCUGAAGGAGGACAAGGAGAGGUGGGAGGACGUCAAGGAGGAGAUGACCAGUGCCUUGGCCACGAUGCGGGUCGACUAUGAGCAGAUCAAGAUAAAAAAGAUUGAAGACGCAUCCAACCCUCUGCUUCUGAAGAGGCGGAAGAAAGCUCGGGCCCUGGAGGCCGCGGCCCUCGCUCACUGAGCCGCUGGGCCCGUCCUGCUCCACUGGAGGACAAGCAAUAACUCGUGACCUGAAUCUAUUUUUUAAAUGAAGAGACACAGAACUGUUCACUCCCACCUCCCCUCCUCCUCAGCCUCAUGGAGCCCGGACCUCGUCACAGGCUGAAUUCUGCCUUUGGUUCUGGCCACCCCUGAGAGGGAGAGCCUGGAAGGCUGGGAGGGUGUGGAGAGAAGGAGCAAGGUGCUCUUGAACCUGUGCUCAUUUUGCAGUUUUAUCAAUAAUUUGACUUAGAAUUUUUAUGAAACUUC